UUUUUAUCACAUUUCAAUGUUUUAAAAAAUUCCGCAUGAAGUGUGUCUACAAUUCGCCUUUAUGGAAUUUAAAAUUCUUACAUUAUUUUAAUAACAGUUGGCAACACAAAAGAGAAAAAUAUAAACAAUAGAAUCGAAAAAACACACGUGCAACAUAAACAUUUUGGAUUUUAAUUAUUUUUUAUAUUUUCUAAAAUAAUAACAAAUAUAAAUCAUGGCGAGAAGACCAGAACAUUCAGCCCCACCAGAAAUUUUUUAUAACGAUGAUGAGGCCAAGAAAUAUUCCAACAACACAAGAAUUAUAGAAAUUCAAGUGGAAAUGGCAGAGCGAGCUCUGGAAUUGUUGACACUAAAUGAGGAUGAACCGUGUUUGAUACUUGAUAUUGGUUGCGGUUCUGGUCUCUCUGGAAGUGUGUUGGAAGAUAACGAUCACAUCUGGGUGGGUAUUGAUAUUUCGAAAGCCAUGCUGGAUAUUGCGGUGGAAAGGGAAGUAGCAGGUGAUGUUAUAUUGGGCGAUAUGGGACAAGGUAUGCCCUUCAAGCCGGGUACUUUCGAUGGUGCUAUUUCGAUAUCAGCCCUGCAAUGGCUGUGUAAUGCAGAUAAAACCUCACAUAAUCCACACAAACGUUUAUACAAAUUUUUCUCCACACUGUUUUCUUGUCUUACCAGAACGGCCCGCGCUGUUUUCCAGUUUUAUCCAGAAAAUGCCGACCAAAUUGAAAUGGUAACUUCACAGGCCAUGAAAGCAGGUUUCUAUGGGGGUAUCGUCGUCGAUUAUCCUAACUCAACCAAAGCGAAAAAGUACUUCCUUGUAUUAAUGACUGGCGGUGCCGCUACAAUGCCAAAGGCUUUAGGCAACGAGGAAGACGAAAGGCGUAUAAGUUAUAUUAAAAAGAGAGAAAUGUGCAAGGAAGCUCGCGGUAAACCCAUGAAGAAAUCUCGUGAUUGGAUUUUGGCUAAAAAGGAACGGAGAAGGCGUCAAGGUUUGGAUACCAGACCAGACACCAAGUACACGGGGCGUAAGCGUAGUGGACGCUUUUGAAUUAAUAACCAAUAUUAUUAUUAUUGUUAUAAUAAAUUUAGUUCUUUACGUUAAUAAAAUACAUAGCACAUCA